UUUCUAUAAUUAUUUGUAGAAAAGGGAAAACGGUGAGUGGUUAGUAGUUACAACGGCAAAACGAAUCGUUUUGUAUUUUCAGAGUGAGAAGUAGCGAAGCGAACAAAACAGAGUCUACACUGUAUACUGUAUGAAGUUUCCACCACCACCAUCGCCAUCUUCUUCUUCCACCAUCACCUUGAAAUUAGGGUUUUGCAGAGCUUAAUUCUUCACUAACAAUGCAUUCGAGAUCUAAUAUUUCGAUUUUCUGAAAUUCCAAUUUUUCACUCAUCACAAUAUCGCAAUUGCUCCACUGCACUUUCGCCAACUGCCGAAAUUGACCGAAUUGGGCGAUAACUUAAUCCUUGAUUGCUUCCCAUUCUUAUUUGUAGGGAUUGUAUAAUGGCAACCACUGCUUGUUUCAUCAUUGUUAGCAGAAAUGAUAUUCCUAUUUAUGAAGCUGAAGUUGGAGUAGCUGCUAAAAGAGAGGAUGCUGCUCAGCUGCAUCAGUUUAUCCUGCAUGCUGCUCUCGAUAUUGUUCAGGACCUAGCGUGGACUACUAGCGCUAUGUACUUGAAAUCGGUAGACAGGUUUAAUGAUCUGGUGGUCUCAGUAUAUGUCACAGCUGGUCAUACCCGUUUUAUGUUGCUUCAUGACUCUCGUAAUGAUGAUGGCAUUAAGAGCUUCUUUCAAGAGGUGCACGAACUUUACAUAAAGACACUUCUUAAUCCCCUGUACUUGCCUGGCUCCCGGAUCACAUCAUCACAUUUUGACACGAAAGUCCGAGCUCUUGCCCGAAAAUAUUUGUAGAGUCCACCAGCUAGCUCAUAAGCAUUGAGUCUGGAUCUGACCCCUACCUUGUUCAAUUCUCUUUGUUAUCCCCUACAAGAUUUGGCACAAAGGUUACAUUUGGUGUUUGCCUGAAAUGUUUGUGUACACAAGUCAUUAGCGAAGAUGGCUAUGUUUGUUGACAAAAGCUGUUGGAUUGCUAGUGCUACCAUUUGUAAUACAUACUAAUCAAUCUUGUACUUUAUGAUCGAAUAUUUGUUUUUAAGUGGUAAAGUAUUAUAUUUUGUUACA